AUGGAUGAUCAUGAGUCACCGUCUUCUUCGUCUUGGUUCCAAUCCACUUGGUUCCAAUCCACUGAGAAUGAGUCCUUGUUUCAAGGCAUGUGUACUCCCUUCAAUACUGUAAUCUUGAAUUUGACAGAUGUAGAGUUUGUCGACUCCGUUUUAUUCACGCGCCUUCAAUUCCUCAGCGUUUUCGUCUUGAUACCAAUCAUAACAAUAUUGGCCGUCAUCACCAAUGGCAGUUAUCUCUACGUUGUUGCCAAAGUCAAGUCCAUGCAAACUGUCACCAACGUGUACCUGUGCAACCUAGCUGUGGCUGAUACGCUAUUCUUGCUGUCAACGUGUGCGGUGUACAUAGGUUUUUACUACAGUUCAGGCGGGUUGUAUGGAAAUGCGCCACUGGCCGGCUACUUUGAGUGUAUUGGGGGCCAUUUCCCUCGCAUCUUCUAUGUACAAUCGAUGGCAUUAAUGGUCACGGUCACUUUGGACAGAUAUUACGCCGUGUGCCAACCGCUGAAGCAUCAUCGCACGUUCACCAAAAGCCGCACGAUUAAAAUCACCGUCACUGCAUGGACCUUUGGCGUUCUGUUUCAGGGAAAGAGCAUCCCCGGCCGCAUAUACAGGGACAUUUUCUGUGUCACUUGGCCCGACUUGCCUCGAUACUCGGAACUGCCGCCUUUCACCUCUGUCUGUUACGGCAUUUUUUCAUGGGAAGUUGACGUGUUGGUGAAUUAUCUCUCCGAUGUCUUGCUCUUUGUUUUCGUGAUGUCAGCAAACUGCUUCAUGUAUUUUAAAAUCAUCAAGGCUCUAAAGAACCGACCGGCGCAGCGAGACAGUCAGCAAGGGUUGAGCGACAGCGCUGAUCGGACGCGUCGCCGGGUUACCCGCAUGCUACUUGCCAAUACACUCGUUUUCUUUAUCUUGACCGCUCCUAACUACAUCCAUUCGCUCCUCCUAAUGAUUGAGUUAUUUGUGAAGUUACCACUCAUACUAGAAGACCCAGCAGCUAACAACACUAUCAUAAUCAUCACAAACAUUCUGGCCGCCAUCAACUCGAUGAUCAAUCCGAUCAUCUACAACGCAACCAAUUCCCGAUACAGACAAGCUUAUAGAGAGGCAUUCCUGCCGUGUUGUCAAACCAACGAUCGCCAAAACGCCGACCUCAAGAAUAAUCAUCGCCGGAACGCCGAUCGCCAAAACUCAGAUCCCAAGAACAAUCAUCGCCAAACCGCCGAUCGCCAAAACUCCGAUCGCCAACCCAACGCCGUUCGAGAAACAAGCGAUGUCCAAAUCACCAAUCCCCAGGCUACAGAUAGCACAACAGAUCGCCAAACCAAUGACUGCCAAACCAACGAGGGCCAAGCCAGCGAUCGCCAAACCAACGAUCGCCAAACCAACGAUCUCCAAACCAACGAUCGCCAAACCACCGAUAGCCAAACCAGAGCGCUCCCAACUAACGACCUCCAAACCAACGAUGGAAAGGCAAGUGAUCGUCAAACCAACAAUCGCCAAACCAACGAUCGCCAAACCAACGAUCUCCAAACCAACGAUAGCCUAACCAACGAUCGCCAAACCAACAAUCGCCAAACCAACGAUCGCCAAACCAACGAUCGCCAAGCGAACGAUAGCCUAGCCAACGAUCGCCAAACCAAUGAUGGCCAAACCAACGAUGGCCAAGCCAACGAUCGCCAAGCCAACGAUAGGCAAACCAACGAUAGCCAAACCAACGAUAGCCAAACCACCCAUGAGUGA